UCUAUCCUGUUUUCUCGUGAUGUUGUCCAUUUACGGUUGGGACUUGUCAAAAAGACUGACAGUUAGGAGGAUGGAUCAGGAGCAGGAGGAAAGAAAGACGCUUUUAGACAAAAUGUGUGAUGGUAACAGAGAGGAAUUUUCAGACGAGAUAUACCAAAAGCUGGGCCAUCUUAUUGUGGAUGAUUUGCAUGGUCUCAUCUACUGUUACGUUCCCAAGGUGGCAUGUACCAAUAUAAAGAAAAUCAUCUACGUACUGCUAAAGGGUGAACCAUAUGGUGAUCCCAGAAAUGUAACUGCAGCUGUCCAUGGCAACAGUCUACCUUUCCUAAAGACCAUGCCAAGAAAUGAGAUCAAGGCAAAGCUGAAGCACUACACCAAGUUCCUUUUUGUCCGGGACCCAUUUAUCCGUCUCAUCUCUGCCUACCGAAACAAAUUUCUGAGCAAUAACCAGUUAUUCUAUCAUGGUCCUGGCCGAUAUAUUCUCCGUCGUUUUGCCAACUAUAGUGAUCCACCAGAAACAGCAAAGGAGGCACUUGCAUUGGGCUUACAGGUCUCAUUUUACAACUUUAUUCAAUUUGUGCUGGAGAAGGGACUGAUACAACAGAGUAUGAAUGAACACUGGAACCAGAUGAACCGUUUGUGCAGCCCCUGCCUCAUACAGUACGAUUUCAUUGGACAUCAGGAAACUAUGCAAGAGGACAUUGAACAUCUACUCAAGAUCUUAAAGCUGCAGGAUGACAUUAAGGUUCCCCCUUCAUAUGUCAAUGUGACUACGAAAGAUUCUGUGAUGACAUGGUUCAAAACAGUGCCUCUAGAGGACAGGAGGUCACUGUAUAAGAUCUAUGAGAAAGACUUUAAGCUCUUUGGCUACAGGAAGCCAGAUGAACUGCUCACAGGUUGAGAUGUAUCAUCAGAGGGUUCUAGGGCUGAACAAUUUUGAAUAAAUAUCUAAUUGCAAUUAUUUUGACAGGAAUUGCGAUUGCUAUAUAAUUUGCGAUAUCAGAGGAAACAUAUUUAACAUGAUUACUACACUUUUCCACUACCCAGUUCCAGCAUAGCUCGACUCUGUAUGACAGACUUCAAGUACUUUGGCUACAGAACACCAGAUGAAGUGUUAGAAGUUUGAGAUGAACUCAUCAUUUUACAUUUUAUUCACACAUUUCACAUUUUACUUUAUCAGUGUCAACUCUGUUCUUACAUAAAUCACUCAAUGAAG